AUGCGUAGGAAGUCAGGCAAGGACAAGUACGUCCGUGCAUGCCGAGUUUCCCGUCACACAUACAUGGCCAAGGCGAUCGAUGUCAAGAUGCAUCAUCGACGCCGUGUAACCGUGGUGAAAGCUGAUGGAUGGGAAUUCGAUCUGGAGAACCCACCUGCACGUCUGGUUACGAACUUUUUGGAGAUAUGGGUCAAUUACCUAACUGUGUAA